UACUUUGAUGUCAUCCGCCUGUCGGGUCUUGCGGCGCCGCAUCAAGUCGAACACGUGUUGGUGUAAUUGUCGGUAUUCAGUCAGUCAGUCAGUCAGAGGUUAUAAAUGUGUCUCGUGCUCUUUUUCGGAAGAACCUCUUCCGUGCUUCAGUGAGCGGAAGUAGCGCUAAAGCUCGAGAUGAAUGUGAGGGAAGUUAGUUUGGUCUUUAUCUGUAUUCUCGCUCGUGUUGACGCCAAACAGCCGAAUAUCGUGUUUAUACUGGCGGAUGAUCUGGGCUGGAAUGAUGUGGGAUAUCACGGUUCUGAGAUCAGAACUCCUCACGUGGACCGGUUAUCGGCUCAGGGGGUUCGGCUCGAGGGUUAUUACGUGCAGCCGCUGUGCACUCCGUCCAGAAACCAGCUGAUGACCGGCAGAUAUCAGAUUCACACGGGUCUCCAGCAUCAGAUCAUCUGGCCGUGUCAGCCGUACUGCGUUCCUCUGGAUGAGAGACUCCUGCCACAGAUCCUGCGGGACGCUGGUUAUAACACACACAUGGUGGGCAAAUGGCACCUGGGCAUGUUCCAGAGAGACUGUCUGCCCACACGCAGAGGCUUUCAGUCGUUUUUUGGUUACCUGACGGGUUCCGAAGAUUAUUACACACAUCACAGAUGUUAUUUCAUCUCUCCGCUGAACAUCACCCGCUGUGCUCUGGACCUGCGGGAUGGUGAAGAUGUGACCACGCGUUACACGGGCCGAUACUCCACAGAACUCUUCACACAGAGAGCCGCGGACAUCAUUCACCAGCACACGCCUGACAAACCGCUCUUCCUGUAUCUGGCGCUGCAGGCGGUUCACGGGCCCAUGCAGGUACCCGAGCGCUACGUCACGCCCUACAGUUUCAUCAAGGAUAAACUGAGGCGAGAGUACGCGGGGAUGGUGUCGGUGAUGGACGAAGCCGUGGGGAACGUUAGCAAAGCUCUUCAGGACGCAGGACUGUGGAACAACACUGUGCUCGUAUUCUCAACAGGUACUGUCAUCUAGAGCCCUGAACACCGCUGUCACGCACACAC